AUGUCUGCCCCAACGGUAAUGGAGAGUUCGACGAUGGAUGGGACUCAUGAGAGUGGUGUGGUCGAUGCACAGCCAUUGCUCGUAACCCUGAAGAAAGGCUGGGCGAGAGGGGUUCGUGCGAAGUUCCUGAAAGCUCACCUCGACGAUUACAAGGCGGCCAUUCUUGUGUCGAACGAAAAGGCUAAUUCUGUGCUCGACGACAUCGUUAAUCAAUGGUUUCAAACGUUCCACUGGUCUAUCCCCAUACCCAAGCGUCUUGAAGACAACGAAACGAUCCCCCCCUUACCGGUCUUUGCUAUGACCUCCGAUGGGUUCGAGGUUUUGUCCCCGGCUGAUGCUGCGCUGAAAGGGAAAGUAAUUGAGCGUAUGAGGAAGUCCCUCUAUAACUGGUUCGAUCACCGUUCAAAAAAGACCAAGUCGCUGCAACGAUCAAAGAAGUCCCAAGACCCAAUUGCUACAUUGGUCGAUCGACUGCUGGGCAGCCCGUCGAGUCCUCCCAAGCUCCGUGCAGGCUGGGAAGUUUGGGGAGCGGCCAACUUUACUUCAAUGAAGGAGGCAUGCAACCUCGCGUUCGCGGACAGUGGCAAGCCUGAGCGUGAACGUGCCGCGUUCCGCAACACUUACAAAAAGACCGAGUUUCUGAAACUGAGCGAAGAAGAGCAAACACAAUGGAACGAAGAUGCCCUCGAUUCCCAUACGAAAGCCAAGCAGGAGUGGAAGGAACGCCAGGGGGGGACUCUCCAAGAGAUGUGCCCAGCCGACGCGCAACAAGCAUUUGAUGGUCUGCCAAAUCUUCUCGGGCCCCUUCUCGAGGGCAUAGGCAAGUCACUCAAAAUGCACUUUUCCAUCUUUAUUGGCGGUCCUGAGCCGAUACAGCAGGGGAAUAUCAACGCGGUAACGUUGGUGUUUAUUUAUCUCAUAAAUUGUAUUACGGAGCUGACUAUGAUCGACUUUAGUCUCCAUUAUGGUAUGAACAAGGCACCCGUUCCCAAGGAGUGGGCGUUGGCGGACGUCGAAAAAUUCUCCAUCGUCAAGAACGUGUUUCUUGAAUUUUUGAGUACUUGCUACUCUCCCGAUGAACGACGGGCACGAGCUCUUCCUGCGGGUGACAAAAGUAACCCUAUUUCGAAUGACUUACCCAACGCGCUCCCGAGCUCGCCCUCUGCCCCCCAAUCGGCGGAUAUAACUCUGACCAAACAAACGGUGAAUGCGCCACGUUCUUCGGCUUUGCGGAAAGGGAAGGCGAAAAGCGAUCGAACUUCAAAGAAGCCUGCGCCACGUAAGGCUGCACCUUCCAAGGCCCAGAAGGGAAAGAGAAAGCGAGCCGCAGCAUUCGUUGAGUCUGAUGCAGAAGAUUCUGACGAUGAAAGCUCGUCGUCAUCGUCGUCGGAGGAGGAGGAGGAGACGAACUCUGAGGGCUUAGGGAGUGGCAAAGAUGAUGAGCCCUCCCAUCUGCUGUCAUCAAGCAUCACCACGCGUAGCACUAGACGCACCACGAUGGACCCCAAGCGUUUAGAGCGGCCAGAAGAACACGUUGAAGCAGUCGUCACGGCAAUUACUAAUUUAUCUCAAGUGGAGCCCGUUAUCCCACCUCCUUCCUCUCGUCCUAGCUCGCCGUCUCUUGCGCUACCCUCGCGCAAUUCCCCCCUACCAACCUCUGCCUCGCCUCCUAUCCCUUCUCCAGAUCACACCACAUUACCUGGCUCGACGAUGGACGGUUCCCCUCUCCUGGAUCCCAAGUGGCCCACGUGGUUCUCGAAGGCCUUCUCAUUUCUGGCAGGUCGAGAUCUAGGCCCAGCCUGGACCCAAGCGUUCCGUCAGUACAUCGAGCUGGAGCGUCGCAACGGGUUCAGCAUCGGAGGACCUCAAGCUGGUUUUAAGAAACAAGGGCGGCCAGACGAAGUCGAUUGGUGGGUGGGCCGCGCUCGCAUGAGGUCUCCCGAGAUCAAGAACGUGUCGUCAUUUGAGGCGAAGUGGUGGACGUGGUGGAAAUUAUUGCAGCCAGGUUGGCGUGGGGUUGCAGACGUGGAGGGGCCCUUGGGUCCAGCGCAUCGUAAACAAGCCACGGGGGAGGAUGGAUGGUCAGUUGUGGACAAGCACGGUCAGAACGUGUUCUUGACCGUGCUGGCUACGUUGGUGUGGUGGGAGUCUGGCCUGUCAGGCAACGGACAAGAUGAUUCCAGCUGGCAAGCUGCCGUGGAGGACGUCAGCUGGGUCAUGUCACAAGUGAUGAAUGCAAGUAUAUCCGUCACCACUUCAAAACCCCCCACCAAAAAGCAGAAGAUCUAA